UAGCCCUUGCUCUCCUCUGUGAUUCUCUAGAUCCCUAUGUGAAAAUCCACCUGAUGCAGAAUGGCAAGAGGCUGAAGAAGAAAAAGACGACAAUUAAGAAGAACACCCUGAAUCCCUACUACAAUGAGUCGUUCAGCUUUGAAGUACCCUUCGAGCAAAUUCAGAAAGUGCAAAUUGUUGUGACUGUUUUGGACUAUGACAAGAUUGGCAAGAACGAUGCCAUCGGCAAGGUGUUUGUGGGCUACAACAGCACCGGCGCGGAGCUGCGGCACUGGUCGGACAUGCUGGCCAACCCGCGGCGGCCCAUCGCGCAGUGGCACACGCUGCAGCCCGAGGAGGAGGUCGACGCCAUGCUGGCUGUCAAGAAGUAAAUGCAAUUAAAUUUAAAU